AUGCCAGCUGGUCAACCCAGUAUCAACAAAGACCAUCUUGAAAGCAAUGGAAUUACUUACGACGAAUUCGUUCUUACCCAUGGCGAUGGUGGACAUGCUGGUUCUACCUUUCCAACACAUGUUGCGUCAUUCAGCCAAAUCGUCUUGGACUUUAGUGCCUUGGUGACUGACCAGAAUAGAAAUCGAUUUGAGCAAGUGGCACAGACAUAUUUGGCAUCAGAUCGGGAUAGGAACGAUAACAACAGUUUUAGACCCCCGGAGUCUGCAUAUAUUAAUGAUUUCGACACUCCAUCUGUGUUGGCCGAGGAUUUGCAGCUGCAAAUGAAACACGGUGUGGACGUAGCAAAGAAGAUUCAACAUGGGGCGAAAAGUGCGCUACAGAUAUCGAAUGGCAAUUCCUUCUGCAGAAGGUAUUCAGAUGUUAUGAGGAUCUUAACCCACUUGCGGAACGGCACUGGGAUCUUCUUGACCAAUUUUCUCUGUAGGCAAAAGAACAUUUUAUGUGAUGAUACUGAAAAUCGUGUCGACAAUCGCCUGGCGAAACUUCCGAAACCAGAUUUUACCUAUGGAUAUACAAUUUAUCAGGAUAUUCCCUCUGCCCUUCAAUCAACUGAGCUUGUAACCAAUUUCUCACUUCAAUCGCUUGGAGAGCUUCGUUCUGCCGGUUUAAUCUCUUCUCCCUUUGUAGUUGAGCUCCAUCCCUUUGAAGUUUCACGUCAAUAUCUGAAACAAUUUACCUACUGCCAAACGGCAAAUGCGGCGUUGGCCGCCCUGAGGAUGUAUGAAGAUCCCUCUAAAAGGUCCACUGGCAGAUAUGAUUUUGUUCCCCCAGUUGUUGUUUUUACAUGCAUUGGAGCGGAGAUCAAAGUUUGGUUGGCUUAUUCUGAAAUAGAGCAUGAUGUUCCCGUUGAUCAUAAAAUGGCGUGUAUCUGGUCAAGCAGCCUAUGUCUAGAGUGGGGAGUAAUGGCUACUUGUCGUAUCGUCCAGAAUAUGAUAUUUUGGGCGUCAAGAGUAUGGAAACCGCAGAUAUCUGGCUGUAUCAGUCAAAUCCGGCUAAACAAACGUUUGGCUUCGCCUGACGGCAAAGCCACCCAGCGAGCGUUACCCAUGAUAUUUCAUCCACUAGGUCCACCAAAACAAUUUAUCUUUGACAAAAAUAUUAAAAACUCCAAUAGUCCAUUUGUUUUCUCAGCAAACCCCACCCGUCCAAAGCUUCCACCACGUUCGACCAUAAAGAAUAGUUCCAGAUCGAAACCUGGUAUUCAACCACCUUCAGCCCUCCAACAAGCCUCCCAGGAUCACCCAUCUAAAGCGAAGCAACAAAAUGGCGUGCUAAGAUCGUCACAUCUUGGUCCCGUGAUAGAUACGGAAAUUAGAAAAGAGGUAGAGCAUGGUUACAUGGCGGAAACAGAUUUGACACUGAAGAGGAUAGAUAACUGGAUUAAAUCUUUGAAUUUAACUCAAGGCAUCGAUGACCAUGGUACAGGAAAUAGAGCCACCGAGAACGAAGAGGAGCCCCUAACUGGUGGUUUAAUCAUUCUAGAGGUGGCUGAAGGAAAACAAGACGCAGACCAAGCAGAAGACUGCAAGGCAUUCGGACAAUUCCAGGGGUUUAACUUCUCUAGACCACCGUCAAGGACAUCGCAGAUGAAUGGCUCUUCCCGCAUGGACUCAGCCAAACCCUCGUGGGCAAUGUGGGGUUCCGUUUCGGAUGAUUCUGUCUGCCAAGGUAGGGAGACAUUUAAACCUGGUGACGUGAAUUGCUGGAGGCUUGACGAAGACACCGGAGUUGAUAAAUGUCACACUAGAAGUAGUGUACCCGGAACGGAGAUUAUAUCAUCGUGCAGCAGACCACUCAAGUGGGAAGAGUAUGAAGAAUGGAAGGGGUCACCCAGAGAAGUCUCUGAAAACAAGAACGCGCAGUCGUGCUGUGAAGAUCGCAAAGACGAUUUUUGGGAUGUUUCAAAUCAAGAAGCUAAUCCCACAACUGGGGAGUGCUUACAUUGUAGAACCAAGUUGGUGGAAGAACUUGAGUUGCUAUGGGGUGUUCUCGAGCUUUGGGUAUCCCAAAGUGACAGUGUCCCGUCCGUACGCGGCCUGGAAAAGAUCCUACAGGAACUGAACAGCGUUCUGGAACCUCAUGAUACCAUUCAGCCGGAGCAAAUGUGGGCUACUGAAGUAGGGACCUGGGAAAAGAUAGAUCAGGCUCUACAAAUUCUUCAUCAGUCGGAUAACACCAAAUUAAGGAACCUGCUGGUGUGGACUAUAGAAUGUGUGGAUCUAGUGGACAUUGUUGACCUUUUUGAUAUCCUCAAAUUUGGGAAGUUAUCUUGUGCACAGCUUAAGUGUAUGAAGCAAGAGGCUAAAUCGAUCAUGGACCUCUCGCAGGAUUGA